GUUUGAUUAGUUUAGUUGUUUCCACCUUUUAUUCCAAUGUUAUUUAGAGUCUGCCCUUUCAGUUUUUUAUUUUUUAAUCCUCUGAAAAUAGCUCGGAUUCGUAUUUUGCGAGGUUAGAUUGUGGUGAAAGCUACUCAAUCUCAAACUGAGUCGUGUCAUGGAUGGCAAAUUGUAUUUGCAUCUACGGAACAAAUCGGGGAAUACAGAAUAACUACUGCUGACAGAGAAAAGGCUACCAGCCAGACCACGUUCAUGGUGAGCUUGCCUUGAGUGACAUGAUCAAUCGGACAAAUGACAUAGGAUGUACACUGCUGGUCAUCUCUGUCUGUCUGUGCUGUCAUCCUUUUUUGCACUGGCCUGGGCUGUGGAGCCACUGGGUCAGGCUGCCCCCUGCUCCUCUCUGGUGGCUGGGGUCUUAUACGGCUCCUUCUCACUCAGGGACCUCUUUCCCAGGCCAUCCGCUCUGGCAUCCGGAUGCUCCUGGACUGUGGAGAACCCUGACCCCACCAAGUACUCGCUCUAUUUCCGCUUCAAUCGCCAUGCCGGCGCCUGUUUAGCUUUUUCCCCACUGGUGCUGCCCCUGGACCACUACCUCUCGAACCAGACCUGUGGCCCCCCAGACCAGCCCACCUUCCCCUCGGACCCUGAAGCCGUCGAGCUUUGCAUGGUCCCAGGACCCCACACGUUCCUGCAGUUCGAUAAGAACUUUGUGCAGUUGUGCCUGACCACUCAUCCCAACAAAGACGGAGACAACAGAGAUGGGAUGUCCGAUGGCCAGGUCCCCUUGUCCGCGGAAACUCUGGACUUCCGGCUCGUAGAGGUUCUGCUCAUUAAUAAUGAGAAUUCAAGUCAGUUUACGUGUGGAGUCCUGUGCCGAUGGUUUGAGGAGUGCUUGCACGUCGGCUCAGGCUGGGAAACCGAGAGCUGCAGUAUCACCCAGACGGGAUGCGUGUGUCCCAACACGGCGCCUCCGGUCUCCCUACUGCCCACUGCUCCCCACAACCACUCUUUAGACCCCAGUGCGAGCGUGUUGCAAUCCCCACCCGACGACUGUUGUGUCACACAGCUGCAUUCAAAGAGCGGCAUUGCUAUAGCACCCAGGGAUGUCCGGCAAGAACCUGAUGAUGAUGAGCAGAAGGUGAAGACACAAAGGCCGCGAUCAGCUGACCAGCCGGGUGUGUUCCAGGCCCAAACAGGUGACCCAGCAGCGGAGGAGUGGUCUCAGUGGAGCGUGUGUUCGCUGACAUGUGGGCAGGGUUGGCAGGUUCGUUCUCGUUCAUGUGUAUCCUCUCCGUACGGGACCCUCUGCAGUGGCCCGCUGAGGGAAACCCGACUCUGCAACAACACUGCCACCUGCCCAGGUGAGCCGCAGCAUCAAGCAGUGCAUGGGCUGUGGGAGGAGUGGUCUUCAUGGAGCCUGUGCUCAGUCACGUGUGGCCGUGGCACUCGGACCCGGAGUAGGAUCUGUGUGCUCCCCCAGCAUGGAAGCAAGGGCUGUGGAGGGCCCGAGGUGCAAACCAAACUCUGCAAUAUAGCUGUGUGCCCCGUGGAGGGGCAGUGGUUGGACUGGGCCGCCUGGUCUCAGUGCUCUGUUUCCUGCGGCUCCGGCACUCAGCAGAGGCAGCGGCGUUGCAGUGUGUCAGUUCAUGGCUGGGCAGAGUGUAAGGGGCCACAUGCGGAAAAUCGUGAGUGCACCAACCCAUCUUGUGGGGGUGGAGGAAACUGGGGUGCUUGGAAUCACUGGAGCUUGUGCUCCAAGACCUGUGACUCUGGUUGGCAGCGGCGGUUCCGUAUGUGUGAAGGCACGGGAAUCCAGGGUUACCCUUGUGAAGGCUCUGGAGAGGAAGUACACUCCUGCAAUGACAAGAAGUGCCCAGCACCUCGUGAAAUAUGUAAGGAUGAGUACCAAGUAGCCAUGACAUGGAAGAGAGCCUCAGCUGGAGAGACGGUAUACAACAAGUGUCCAUCAAAUGCCACUGGAUCUGCUAGUCGUCGUUGUUUGCUGGACGCAAAUGGAGUUGCUUACUGGGGUCCUCCGAGCUUCGCCCGAUGUGUCUCACUCGAAUAUAGAUAUUUACAUUUAUCUUUGCGAGAACAUCUUGCGAAGGGUCAGAGGACCCUGGCAGGGGAGGGCAUGUCUCAGAUCGUGAGGAGUCUCCUGGAGUUAAUGUCCCGUAAGAAUUAUUAUAGCGGCGACCUCUUAUUCUCUGUGGAGAUUCUCCGAAAUGUGACGGACACCUUCAAGCGAGCAACCUACAUCCCAGCUCCUGACGACGUGCAGAAAUUCUUCCAGAUUGUCAGCUUAAUGUUGGACAUUGAAAACCUUGAGAAGUGGGAAGAUGCUCACCAGGUCUCUCCGGGUUCUGUGUUACUGAUGCGAGUUGUGGAAGACUUCAUUCAUCUAAUUGGAGAUGCUCAAAAGCCAUUCCAGAGCUUUCUGGUCGUCACCAACAACUUCAUAAUCACCAUCCAGCGAGAACCAGUUUCGGCUGUUUCCAGUGACAUCAACUUCCCCAUGAAGGGGAGGAGAGGAAUGAAAGACUGGGCACGUUCUGCAGAUGACAAGCUCUUCAUCCCCAAAGAAGUCUUCACCCUGUCCUCUGAUGAAUCAGAUGACACACCGUAUUUCGUCAUUGGAGCCAUUCUGUACCGCACCCUCGGCCUCAUAAUGCCCCCACCAAAAGAUCCAUUCGUGAUCAGCUCGAAGAUUCUGACAGUGACGGUACGUCCUUUACCCAAGCCCUCCGAGCCCUUGGUAUCAGUAGAACUUGCCCCUUUGCUCAAUGGCACAACAGAUCCUCAGUGUGUUGUCUGGGACUACGGAAACCCAGAGGCUGGCGAAGAAAACUGGGACGCAGAGAGCUGCCAAACGCUACCAUCGCCGACAGUCUCCCACACCAAAUGUCUGUGCAGCAAGCUGUCCACCUUUGCAGUGUUAGCGCAGAAAGCUAAAGAACCGGGUAUGGGGCCGUCCAGUAUACCGUCUGUGCCCCUCAUGGUGGGCUGUGGCAUAUCCUGUACGGCUCUUCUCAUUCUGUUGCUCAUCUACGCUGCCUUUUGGAGGUACAUUCGUUCAGAGAGGUCCAUCAUCUUGGUGAACUUCUGCCUGUCCAUACUGGCCUCCAAUGUGCUGAUACUGGUGGGACAGUCCCAAACUCUCAGUAAGGGACUGUGCACUGUGACUGCUGCCUUUUUGCACUUCUUCUUUCUGGCCUCUUUCUGCUGGGUACUGACAGAGGCAUGGCAGUCCUACCUGGCUGUGAUUGGCAAGAUGAGGUCCCGCCUCAUUCGCAAGCGUUUUCUGUGCCUGGGCUGGGGUCUUCCAGCCCUUGUGGUCGCUGUAUCUGUGGGUUUUACCCGGGCCAGAGGUUACGGCACGCCAAGUUAUUGUUGGUUGUCUCUGGAAGGAGGGCUGCUCUAUGCUUUUGUCGGUCCCGCUGCUGUCAUUGUACUGGUGAACAUGCUGAUUGGAAUAGUGGUCUUCAACAAACUCAUGUCUAGAGAUGGCAUCUCAAACAAGUCCAAAAAGCAGAGAGCAGGGUAAGUAAGUGAAGCGCGUAGCAGGCUGCUCCUGAAAUGCUCCAAGUGCGGUGUGAUCUCCAGUACUGCCCUGUCCAGCUCUACCGCCAGCAGCGCCAUGGCAUCGUUAUGGAGCUCUUGUGUGGUUCUCCCUCUGUUGGCACUCACAUGGAUGUCAGCUGUGCUAGCCAUCACAGACCGCCGAUCAACUCUCUUCCAGGUGCUCUUUGCGGUCUUUGAUUCAGUCCAGGGAUUCGUCAUCAUCACCGUGCACUGUGCCAUGCGCCGAGAGGUGCAGGACGCUGUGCGCUGCAGGAUGGGUGGUUGCAAAGAUGACAGUGAAAACUCUCCGGACUCCUGCAAGAAUGGCCAGGUGCAGAUCAUGACGGACUUUGAGAAAGACGUGGAUUUGGCGUGUCAAACAGUCAUCUUUAAGGAGGUAAACACCUGUAACCCUGCUACCAUAACUGGCACUCUAUCCCGCAUCUCUCUGGACGACGAGGAUGACCCCAAGUUGGCGGCUCAUCAGGAAGGCAUUAAUUUCAGCAGCCUGCCUGGGAACAUCCCACCCCCUAACCUCCUGGUGCAGGUACCUCCUUUGUGUCCCCUGAAUGAGCUAAGCGAGCAGCCACUAAAGAAGGAGGUUAAUGUGGAGCAACAAGGUCAGCAUCAACAAUCUGGACCCAUCUACCUGUGCACCGAGAGUGGGCUGGGUUGGGCCCGACCAAACCCUUCUUCCACCCAGGAUUCAGCUGGUGGCGGAGGUGGGGAAGGGGACUACAUGGUGUUGCCUCGUCGGACAGUCAGUCUCAAGCCCCCUCCUCCAGCCCAGGAUGAGGGGAAUCCCCUGAACAUUACAAUGGAUGACCCUCCCUUUCCUCCACCCCCUUCACCCUUGACUCUGCAUCCAGCAGAGAGUGAGGCAUACCCCGUAGACUUUACAGCUGUGGACCACAUCAGCAUGAACCUAAACCGCUCCUACAGCACGCUCAAACAGUUGCCGGCCCACACUGGGCACACGCACACACACUCCCACACCAACACCCACACCCUACAGGUCAAGCAGAAUCGUCCCUCUGUCCGGCAGAUCCUCACCUCGGGAACAGUGGAGCGCACCAGAACCCUUCCCCGUAACCUGGGCAGCACCAACACCAGCCACUCGGCUGGAUCUUUGGAAAGAAAAAGAGUACGGUACUCUGAGCUGGACUUUGAGAAAGUGAUGCACACUCGCAAAAGACACUCAGAGCUCUACCAUGAACUCAACCACUCCACCAAGUUCCACACCAUAGACAGGUAUAACAGGGACCCUGCCAUGUCCUCCUUCAAGGACAAGUCCACCACAGAUGACCAGCGAUCCUGGGACAGCUUUAAAACCAUGACCCCUGAGCAGAUGUGUGGCUCCAGCGAACAUAAGGACAGACUGGAGUUACGCAAUAAACCCUGGGACACAUCCUCCGCCAACACACCUGACACAUCCGAAGGAGACUUCCAGACUGAAGUGUGAAGAGAACACACACCUACAACAAACUGAGAGACAACUAAACCCUCUUACGUACUCAUGCUGUCAGUGAUCUUCAGCAAGACGUGUUCUAAAGAAUUAUGUACUUGUUUACAGGUGUGAGGACAGACCAGAGAUGAAGAGUGCUCUAUUCUAUAUUUUCACACAGAGACAUUAAAUGAAAGAGUGGGGCCUGGAGAGUAUGGUU